UGACAAUUUCAAUAAUCGCGCGCUGGCUUCUGGUGUGUUUACGCCGGUGUUAUUAUUAUUGUUCAAAAUAUACGAAAUGGCUGCAACGGACGAUGGAGUUUUAUCUGACUGGAAAAAGCUGUGGCAACUGGUGUCAGGAAUUCACUAUGCCACCCCCAACGAAACGGUUAAAGAAAAGCUCAUGGGAGUCUCUAAGGAACUCCAGGACGGAAUCCUCCAAUUCAAGAAAUGCACGACAUCAAGCAGUGACCUGGAAGCCUUCAUGAAGAAAAAGAAGCAGGAGAAGCUGUUCUCUUUCACAAACAAACUGCAACAGUUUUUGGACAUCGAAUCAGAAAUGUGCUGGGAGUUGCUCUGCUUUUAUCUCGUCAACGAGUACCGAGGAUCAGUCCACUCUCUCACCAACUUCAUAUCAACGGAAUCCAAUAUGACGAAACUUUUGGACGAUAUCUGGGGCUACUACUCCCUGGAGCGAAUGAUAGUUCUGAAAGUGGUUAAGAACCUUCUGGAGUUCUAUAAAGUCACUGGCCACCCGUAUAAUGCUCAGUACAAAUCUGUCGUGGAGAGCAUCACGUUGAAGAAACUGCGGGCGUCCUAUAUUGAGCAACUGGAGUACCUCAUCAAGGAGAACCCUCCCAACAAAUUGGCUGCUGGAGAGUUUUUCAACUUCCAGCUGAAGUUGAUGACUUGGGCGGAAAGAAAGGCGCGCGAAACAAUAGAAAUAUUGAAUAUUUUAAUCCUUAUUGCCCAGCACGGCGGGAUUGAACCAAACGAAGUGAAAAAGCUGCUCGAGUGCUUCAAAAUGCAUGCAUUCGGGAGGGAGCAAAGAUACUUCGAAGCUUCGAAUGAUUAUCACAAGGAGUUAGUGACGAAAAUCACCUACUGCGAAGUGAUACUGUUUCUCAAAUGCAUCGAUCAAUAUGGCAGCCCAAAUCCAUCAUGGAUACAAGACGUGACCAAACUUCUAGACAAACAAAUUGUCCAGCUGCAUCACAACCCAGAACACGGCCCUCUCCUGCUUGGAUGGAUGCUUCUGAAUUUUCAUAUUUUAUCUCAAGACGACGAUGAUGCCUUGAAUAAAUAUCGUCAAUUUGGUUCAAAAGCUGUACAACUCGGUGUUUUUGGUUAUCUAUUUGAGCUAUUGACACAUCAAAUGUUUAAGGAUGAGAGUUUGGUAUCCAGAAUAUCGCGACGAACAAUCUACAAUUUCUUAUCGCACUUAUGUGAUUUAUUCGACGGCGAUGGUUCAGUAGCACGACAUAGUAAUGUUUAUGAUCUUCUGUGUGAACUGAUUUCUUGGACAUCAAUUGCGGCUGACUUCCAUAGAACUGAGGAUUCCGGAUGCCGUUCUCUACUCAACACUGCCAUGGAAAGAUUUCCAGCUGAUUUUAUUCCAUUGUCAAUGAUUGCCUCUGGUUUAUCUUCUGUUAAAAUUUCAGAAAACAAAUGGGUACAAACCCUCCUCGAAGAGCUUCCAAUUUGUACAGAAAUUUAUGAUAGCAACAAAUACAGCCUUAAAUCAUCUCAAGAUGUCGACGAUGAAUAUGUUCUACAAAACGACUAUGUUCCAUUUCGCCGUGUCGACUAUAAAAUUCCCGCUGGAACAACCGCCAUCCUUACCGAUGAAUUACAUGGAACAUACAUUCAUUUUCGUCAUCCAUUGAAUUAUUUCGAUGCUUUGCAUAAUGAGAUAAAUGUUCUGUUCGCGGAAGCUCUACAAUUCAGUGAAUUUAGUGGUCCAAGACUAGCGCGAGUGAAUUCUGGAAUCAAGUACUUGUCAUUAGCAAUUCAGAAAAUCAAAACGCCAACUGAUAUAUCAGCCGAGAUGGUUCAUCCCACAGAAAUGGUCAUAGAUUUGUUGGAUCGAUUAAAAAUCUUGCAAAAUCCACCCAUCGAAUUGCUCGCCAAUUGCCUAAAUGUCUGUGCCGCUUUGCUUCCACUUUUUGACAAAGAAAUUUCCAUGCGAGUUAUCAACUUGAAUAUUCUGCCGUGCAUGAAAAGCGACAACCUAGAUUAUAAAAAAUAUGCCCACGGAGUUGGUUUCGAUUCGAGCUUGGUAGGAUUUUUCCUAGUCAACUUCGAGAAGAACAUCGAAAAAUAUGACUUCUUGUCUGCCUACCUAAACUUCUUGGUUAAUUACACAAAGUUGUACAAAAACAAUCUUUUCGCUGUGGAAAUUCCAGGGCUAAUAUUUCUUCUACGGGAAGUUUUCCCCCAUAUUCACAGUUGGAGGUUUCAGGAAAGCAGCUCAAAAAAUAUCUUAUACAAGCAGGUGUUGCAAUACCUCUUCGAUAUUCUGCAAAUGACAAAGGACCAACUGGAUGAAAACGAAGAUCGACGACUUUUACGCGACAUUUGUGUCUACAGUAUGCUCAAUUUCGAGAACGGAAUCAUCCUAUUAAAGUUUGUAGCAAUCGGCAAUCCAUAUCUUCAAUCCGUUAUGGAAAAUGAAACGAAUUGGAUGUCAUCACCAUUUUGCCCUAAUCAUCUUGUUCAGCUGUCGAUGACAAUUCUGAUGCAGCUAUUACGAUUGAAGACGACAAUAUUCGAUGGUUCUACGCUUUCGCCUCUUGAGUCGCUAAUCUACACACAGCCGAAGCAAAGAGAUACGCUACGGAUAAUUCCUGUGGUCACCAGCUACAUGAGCAAUAUUUUCAAUCGUUCAUUGCCUAUUCUAUCUUGUCGAUUGUUAAGGCGGAUCGCAAUUGAGUUUAAAAUGUCUCUGUUGGCGUGUCUUGAUAUGGAACCUGAUCAGAUCCGGUUAACAUUUUUACAAAAGCUUCCAGAGGAAUUGGAGAGCGAUAACUUGAAAAUUGCGGUACUGGAAUUUGUUGAAGCUUGCAUUGAACGGCAACCUGGCCUUACAGAAGCAUUUUUCAAGAUUAAUUACGACAAGGAGAAAAGUUUCCUCAUUAAGGAGAAGAAAACUCCUAAUAUUGGGGACAGUAUUUUAACUUACAUGAAGGAAUUUCUGGAAGCAAUCUUAAAGAACCCAAAAACCGUCGAAAGUCCUCUACUAAGCCGAAUUUUAGCUUUAUUUCAUGCUCUUUGGAAGAACAACAUGCAGACACUAGUCAAAGAGUUGAUGGAAAAGCCGACAUUCUGGAAAUCGCUGUGCAACCCAUUAUUAAGCAACAUCAAUGGAUACGCCAAAGCCUACAGCCAACUUUUAAAUAUUUUAGGAAUUGAAAUAUUCUGUUGCAGCACAACAAAUAAGAUCAAUCCAGAGUUAAAAAAGGUUCUCGAACAAUUUCUGGAUCCGAACCACUUCGAAACUUGGAUAAAGCAAAUUUUUGAAUUACCUAAAGAACAGUAUGAUGCUCACGUAGAAGAUGAAACACCCGAUUGGCUUUGUAAACUGCAAUCAUUCAAGGACUUCGUCGUUAUUUUAUUAAGGAAGAAAACUAUUGGUGUAGAAUUUCCAACAAAAUCUCUCAAAGUACUUGCUUAUAACUGCUUGAAUGCCUUAGUUGAUCGAGCAGGAUACACAGAAGACUUCCGGCCGUUUAUCGUCUUAUCCGAACUGUUUCUUGUGCUCAGUCUCAAUUUCAAGCAUAAAUAUACAGACAGUGGGAAAGAAGAUCGUGAAGUACUAGACAAUAUUGUAGAGCUUUUAUCGACGAUAUCAUCAAACUAUGAAAAUAUCCACCCACGAGCCAAGGAAUCCUGUCUUUCGAUCGCCAUUAAAACUGUCAGUUUCAUGCCUAAAGAAUGGGCUAACGAUUCAUCGCUAUCACUUCGAUUUUUGCAACCAAUUAUUGACAUGGUAUCUCUUGAGCUUGAUAUUUUAGAGAACCAGCUGAAAAGAGAUACCAAAACUCAACUAGAUGAUAAACGAGCGGAAGAAGUAACUGUCUUAAGUUUGAGCCUUUUGAAAAACACAUCGGUGAUUUUUUCCAGAGAAGGUCCCGCCAAUUGGGAUGCUCCAUUGAAAGCGGCCAAAAUAUUCCCACGACUCCUAGCUUGCACAAGUAUGGUCUUACAGAACUCUAGAAAACACAAGUUGUCGGUAGAAUUACUAGAUGUCUUAAUAGUAUUUGCCAAAAGCAAUUGCUCGGAUGAAUUUCUCUACUGUGACAUAGGCGACUAUUUGUGGUUAAAAUUAUUACCUCCGAAAGAAUUAGUUCAAGUGUCAUAUGUUCUCCAACCAGCAAAAGAAAAUGCAUGGACAUGCCAGAACUGGUGGCCUAUAUAUUCGCGAGGAAUUGAUCUAGUAACGACACUGUUUCGAAAACAUCACUAUCGCCUUUUGAAAGAAGUUUUAAUUUUCGUCGGGGUUCACGAAGAGUAUCUUGUCGAUUCAAUAUUGCUUGCCAAACAGUCGCUAGAACCAAAUGCUAUGAUUUUAGUUAAGAAUGCUGCUCUUUUGGCAUCAGAACUUGUCGCUUAUGAGAAAGAAUGGCGACUGGAACAUUCGCAAAGCAUGUUUAACUUAGUGAGAGGUAUUCAAACCCUAAUGGAUCAUUCGAUUUCAUUAUUAUACCGUCCAAAAAUUUUAAGGAGAUUAAUAGAUGGCCAAAAUCAACCUGACCCUGCGGUAGAGUCUACAAACGAUCCAAGUGAUGUCGUCGUUGAAGCUAUGAAUGACCUCAUAGAAAUCAUCAUCAUCAGUUCAAAAUGCUUGCUGCGCAUCAGUCCACAACUGUUGAACUUAAUUGCAGAACCAGAAUUCCUACCAACGAAAUGGUUCCCUUUGAUUGAAAUUCAAUUUGGUGCACCCAAACUUGAUGCUGGAUCGUGUCCCUUAUUAACUUUUGGAACAGUAUUAAGUGCAGUUAGUCUAUUCACUAAAGCACUGAAUUUGCAAAACUACACUUUCCAUGAAGAAGCGCUAAACUCAUUAGAGGUUGAGGAGAAGUCGAAUGGUAGUAAAGGUGGAUCUAAUACGGGCGCCCACAAAAAUGGUUCAGGUUCCCCAACAUCCAGGCAGUCAUUCCUGAAAUCUGUAUCCGUUACAUCUGUUACAAGCUUGGUCUCCUCGGGCGCUGCUCAGACCUAUGAAUUUCUUUCCCUUCUUGAUAGCGCGCUUUGUCUUUCUUCAUUGGAACAUGUUUUAACUUUUCUGGCCUCACAAACCUUACUUGCUUUAAAGAAUACAGAUCUCUCUAAUCGUGAGAAACAGUUAAUUCGUCGUGAAAUCAGUACGGAAUUGAUGACGUAUCAUGAAUUUGUGCGAAAGAAAGUCUUAAAUGACUAUCGGGGUAACCCUUGGCAACGCAAAAAACAUGGAAUCGUACUGAUGAUGGACGUAUCAACGGACAGCGGAAUUCUUCCAACAAAGCCUUCCACAUCUUCUCUAAAAUCGGCGGAUCUUAAACAGUCGAUGCGCGUGAACGUAGUACGUCGUCAACACCUUCAACACAUCCACCAGCAGCAGCAUAAACAACAAACUCCCAGUGAAACAUCCGGUCGAAAACCAUCGUUUGAAAUGUCCCGAGUGAUAAGUCCAAUAACAUCCUCCACUACUCAAUCUAAGUCUAAUUUGGAUGCCGCCAUUGAAUCAUCAACACCAAGCUUAGAUCGUAAUGGGAAACGCAUUUCACCGGCUGAGAAAGAUUUUGUGAAGAAAAUCUGUGUUGAGGAUGAGGAAGAAAUUUUCUUCGAACCUGAAGAGCCCACAUAUAGCCCGUUGUCAUAUGUGAAAUUGGUGGAAGAAGAUUACUUACAUUUUCUAUCAAAUUUAUUCAUGGUCAUUUGCCAAAGUGAUUGAACAACAUUUAUUUUAUAUUUUGCUUCUCUAGAAUAGAAAGAUGUGUGUAAUUGUUUUUCCUAUGGUUAUUUUUUAAAAUAAACAAAUGUUAA